AUGCCUCUCUCCCUCCUUAUCUCAGGCCUUGCCUUCACCACCCCGCUGACCGCCGCUGCCUCCAACCCCGGCCCCAACAAAAUCGACGUUGAGGCCCUCAAAUCCGACCCCGCCCUCAAACUCGUCUUCACCGACAUCGCUGCCGCCGUUAACAAGCCUGUCUCCGAAGUCCAACAGCACACGAUCGAAACCCUUUCGUCGCCGGAAAUGGCCACUCUUCUCACUCAGCUCAGAGAUAACCCCAACCAAAAGCCCAACGCGGACGUGGACGCGGAGAAGAUGUUCACUGCGGCAUUCAAUGCUGCAUUGGGCACGGGGUUGAAGAAGCGUGCAGAGGGUGAAAGUAGAAAAGCGAAGGCGAAGAGGGGUGCCGCGGAAGAUUGCGUACAGAAAUGUGUGGACAUUAGAACGCAGAGCUGUGAGAUGCUGGAUGGGAUGAACGUGGGUGAGAAGAGCUGCGGGAAGUGGAGGAUCCAGCAGGAAUGCAAGUACAACUGCGAGGCGUGA